AAAAGAUACCGCCUAGACCCAAAAACCCUAAUUUCCCUAAUCCCCGAAGCCCUAACGUUUAACCUCCAUGAAACUGCAUUUCAGUCGGUGGAACCCAGAACCCAGCAAUUCGCGACCUGUCCCCUAACUUCCUCAAUUCCCCAAUACCAUAAUCUAUUCUUUCCUUCAAAAUUCCCUUCAAUGGAACCUCAAACUCCCACAAAUUCGCAACCCGUCCUCUACGAAACCCUAACCUUAAACCCAAUUUCUCUCCCUUCUUCCCCUACCGCCGAAUCUCCGCCGUCCAAUCAAUCUCCUGUUGAGCCGUACACUGUCUUCCGCAACGAAAUCUCUCUAUCGGCAGAAAAUACCAUCUCCGUGGACUCAGCUGCGCCGGACUAUUUCUCGCUUGAUGUUAAUGAGCCGGAUGAACCAGUAGUAAUUCGGGCUUCAGUCUUGGCCUGGGAUGAACCAGAGCCGAAGACACCGGGUCCUGCGAAUGAGCCAAGGCUUGAGAACAAAUGGUGGUUUCGUGGGAAUAGUAGGUUCCAAAGUCCAAUGCUUCAGUUGCAUAAAGAAAUAGUGGACUUCUGUGAUUUUCUAUCCCCUACACCCGAAGAGCAAGCAGCACGUGAUGCAGCUGUGCAUUCUGUUUUUGAUGUUAUCAAGUACAUAUGGCCUGCCUGCAGGCCAGAAGUUUUUGGGUCGUUCAGGACAGGGCUUUAUUUACCAACAAGUGAUAUUGAUGUAGUGAUUCUAGAGUCAGGUAUAAAAAAUCCACAGACUGGUUUGUAUGCUCUUUCCAGGGCAUUAUCUCAAAGGGGAAUUGCAAAAAAGAUGCAGGUGAUUGCGAAAGCUCGCGUGCCAAUAAUUAAGUUUGUAGAAAAGAAAAGCGGUGUCGCAUUUGAUAUAAGCUUUGAUGUGGAUAAUGGACCAAAAGCUGCUGAGUUUAUCAAGGAAGCAGUACUAAAAUGGCCUCAAUUACGACCAUUGUGUUUGAUCUUGAAAGUAUUUUUACAACAGAGAGACCUGAAUGAGGUAUAUUCAGGUGGAAUAGGUUCAUAUGCUCUCCUUGCAAUGAUCAUAGCCAUGUUGCAGAAUCUGAGUGAAUCCAGAGCUUAUCCGGAACAUAACUUGGGAAUGCUCUUGGUGCAUUUCUUUGAUUUUUAUGGACGAAAAUUGAACACUGUGGAUGUUGGUGUAUCUUGCAAAGAGAGAGGCACUUUCUUUUUGAAGAGUAGCAAAGGGUUUUCAAGCAAAGGACGGCCAUUUCUCAUCUCCAUCGAGGACCCACAGACUCCAGACAAUGACAUUGGGAAGAACUCAUUUAACUAUAUCCAGAUUAGGUCAGCUUUCGGGAUGGCUCUUUCGAACCUGAGUAAUCCCAAGAACAUUUUGGCUCUGGGCCCCAAUAGAAGCAUUCUCGGUACCAUAAUUAGACCGGAUCCAGUUUUGCUUGAGCGCAAAGGAGGAUCUAGUGGGGAUGUAACCUUUAGUAACUUGCUUCCUGGAGCCGGGGAGCCUUUACAAACUCUUAACGGAGAGAAGCAGGACAUCUUAUGCAAUUGGCAGUUCGAUGAUGAAGAACCGCUGCCUCGAGGGAACGGAAAUGCUGGAGAUGUUAGUGCUCAAUCCUCUGGAAGAAAGAGGAAAUCUUCUUCCAAAGGAAGGCACAAAAAGAAGAAAAUAAAAGAAAACGUUGAUGUAACAAAGGACUGGGAUGAAGAAACAUUCUCAAAGAAAGAAAAGAGUUCAAGGAAGAAAAGUUCUAGACAUAGCCAUAAACAUAAAGAUUCCAAUGGUUACGGUUAUCAUCAUGGUGGUGCGUCCUGGAGUCGCUAGAACUACCAUACUCUUAACCCCUUUCAUUAUUGGUCAUCUGCUUCAAUCAUUCAACAAUCAACCUUAACACUAAACCGUGGUCUAUUUGCGCAAAUGUCAAGGUAAGCUAUUUUAAUUCUAUCAUUACAAGAGUCUGGGAUUUUCGCCAUUGACCCCCGUUUCUUACGGGGACAUGGAUGGGUUUAAGUUCAUUACAGCAGCCCCAUUGUUCUUUAGCUUGCUUGUGAGGCCACUUUAUAGUCUACAAAAAUGAUCAAAACUAGGGGAAGAAUCUGAAAACAAUUCGUCAUACGGUCAAUUAAAUGUAACCAUAAAUAGUUGAAUCAGUUUUGUUCGAAUCUUAAAAGGAUAAAUGUCAAACCAUUCACUUCCAUUCUUAUUUUUUGCAAUGUACCAUCAAGAUUAUGAAUGGAAGUAAAAGAGCUACUUAUCUUUC